UGGCGUGUAUGAACGAAUUUAGUUCAUUCAAGUUCAUUGCAAUUCAUUGCUAAAUGUGGAAUGUCAAACUAACCAUGUCGGAGUGCAUGUUAGAUGUUAGAGAAACUAAUUGAAAUUAGUCAAAAAUGGUGUCAAUAAUAAAGAAACAAUUAUUGAAACAUCUGUCAAGGUUUACCAAGAAUCUUUCAGCUGAUAAAAUAAAUUUAAGUACAUUUAAAGGGGAGGGUGAACUAUCUAAUUUAGAACUUGAUGAAACAGUUUUAACGGAUUUGUUAGAGUUACCAUCGUGGCUCAGAUUAACAAAUGCAUGGUGCAAUAAGGUUUCAUUUCGUAUACAAUGGACCAAGCUGAGAAGUGUUCCUAUAUUUUUGAGUUUGGAUGAAGUACUUAUAGAAAUAGAAACAUGCGAGGACUUAAGAGAUUUAUCUGCCUCGCAAGGAUUGUCUUCGUACACAGGUCCUACAAAAUAUUCUUUCAUACAUAAAGUAAUCGAUGGAAUAACAGUAGCUGUUAAUACUGUAUCAGUUACGUUUAAAAGUCCUGCAUUUAUUGCUUCAGUUCAGAUGAAUCGUAUUAUUGUGGAAUCAAAGUCUGCACAAUGGCAACGUUGUGAUUUGAGAACUACUAGGUUAAAAGAUCCUGAUCGUGGACAGUUACUUAUUUUUAAAGAACUCGAAUGGCAGACAGUUAGAAUAGAAGCACAAAGUACUAAAGAUAAGAAUCUUACACCACUGCGUUUACUUACAAAUCAAGCAAGAUGUCGAAUUACUAUCAAGAAAAGAAUAUCAGAUUGCUUUAUUAUGGGAUCUAGACUAAUUCUUAUAUUAGAUGACCUUCUAUGGGUUUUAACAGAUUCACAAUUGAAAGCGGCACUUCAUUUUAUUGACUCCUUAGGAGGUCUAAUAGAGAAAGCUACAAUUUUAGAACGUAAAACAAAAGCUGCUAGAAAAUUAGAGGUACUGCCAGAAUAUCAAGCACAGAUAUCACAGCAAACCAGAACGAAAAAUCAAUACACUUCCGCUAUUUCAAAAAUAUUUACCAGAUAUGAUGUUGUGGAAACAUCGUACCAUUUUCUAUGUCAAAGAAUUGAUUUGCAUUUAUGUGACGAUGCCGGUAAUGGAAGAUCCUCCUAUCCUGAUUUGAAAGAUGGCGGUGCACUACAAAUUUCAUUAGUUAAAUUUCAAAUUGAUUAUUAUCCAUAUCAUUUGGCAAUGGCUGAUAGAAAACAUUGGGCUAGCUACAAGGAGAAUGCCACCCCACACAGUCAGUGGUUACAACAAUCGUUAAGUUCAUUUCGAAGUCAGUUUAUGGAUCUCAUUGAUUCAGGUAGAACACAGCACAUUCCUCUAACAAGAAGUCAAGGAAAUGUUACAGUUAAUAAUACAAAAGGCUCUGGAGAAAAUUUGGAAAAACAUAACGACGCUCAAAAUGUAAAUGUAUCUUCUCAUGAACAAAAAAAAUCACAGCACCCGAGUGGUAAUCCAGUAAAAAAUUAUAUUCUAGAACAGCUUGCCAAAUUAAUGACAACAUGUAUUAUAAUAAGAAUUGAUGACUUUACAUUGUAUAAAGUAACAACCACAUCUCGGAAUCCUAUACCAAAAGAAUUUGUUACAGGCGAAAGGGAUAGGUUUUGUCUCCCAGAGGAUGUGACAAUUCUUCAUGCUGAAUUUACAUACUAUUACUAUCCUGGAGAUAUUACAUUUCCAUUGCCACCACCAAAGUUUUAUGUACAACUGAAUCCUAUUCAAGUAAACUUUGAUGUUUGUUCCUGUUUAUGGUUUAAUUCUUUUGCAUUGAACUUACAUCACUCUCUAAUGAGUAAAGAUAAACACACCACACAUACUUCCACUAACUUAAUGUACUUUGAUGUAAAAAUCGAAGCUAUACUUCCAAGAAUAGUAUUUGAAAGUCAACAAGAUUAUCCAAGUCAGAAGGAUCGUCCAAAGUCUUUGCACAUGCAGACUUCAAGGGCAUCAAUAACAAAUGUCCGGUCAACUGAAAGAUCUUCGAGAGCAGAUUUAGCUCAAUGUUUGAAUGCUUUCCAAAUGGGUCAGAUGUUUUUUAGUAGUGAAUUUCCAAAUAAAAUGGACGAUUUUCAUGUUAUAACAGACAAAUUUUUAGCACAUUGUGCAUCCACUGAUAAUAUUCGCUAUCCACCAGCUAACUUUAGUAGCAAUUCUGUAAAUGAAUUGAUUCGGCAAUUGCAUCGAGAACUUUUAUGGACAGAAGCUAAAGAUGUAUGGUGCUGUAAUUUAGAACCUGUUUGGGGAGAUUUCUUUGGUGCUCGUGCAGUAGGACAAAAUCGUCCCGUACCAUUUCUUGAUGCAUUCCCCCUAACACUAUGGUGUUACAUGUCAAUGAAUCCAGCAAAUUCGGAAAAAUCUUCAACCGCUGACAUUCAUGGUCUUGCAUAUAUAAGCAAUUUAGUUAGCAUACAAAUAAAUCAUUAUCAAUAUUUGUUUUUAUUAAGAUUAUCCGAAGUUUUAUCAGAGAUGACAACGUAUCUAACUAUUGAUUCGAAUAAAAUAUUAAAAGUUGAUUUCGGCAGUUCACUUGUUAUCGGUGCACUAAUACCACAAGUGGAAGUAACUUUUGUCAUGCCAUCUCAUACACCUGGUAAAGAAAAUUCUGGAGGAGAUGUGGAAUCCGUUGUGCCAGAUUCGUCUAGUAUAGCAGAUGAUAUUGUAAGUUCGUCUACUCCAUGGCAAAAUAACACAGAACGGGUUGACUUCAGCAGUAAAAAAAUUAAUAUAAGCAAUGACAUACCUACACCACAAAGUGAUGCAUCCUCAAUGAUGUCUAUGGAUUUUAUACAUUCCAUUAACCAGACUCCAACUGUUGUCACAUUUAAACAGAAUGGUCCAACUAAACACGAUCAACAAAUGUUAACAAAUACAACACAUGAAAAACAAUGUGUUGGUAUAGAAGAAGAGAAAGCAUUGCCUACUAUGCGACCCAUAACCAUAUCUACGAUCAAACAUAGUAAAGGAGAUGCAUCUUUGAAUGCACCAUUUAUUCCAAAUAAUUUUAAUGUUGGCUUUACUUCUAUGAAGAAAGGACUGAGUAAUUUGAUGACAUCAAUUGAUUCAGCUUUAAAAGCUUCUCCAGAGGAUGGUAGCAGUGACACAGUAUCUAUAAGAAGUGAUGUUAGUUCUGAUAGUGAGAACUAUGUAUUAAUUAGUCUUCAAGAUCAAGAAAAAUUAGAUGCAAUGUUCUGCGUUGAUAAUACAAUAAAUAUAACACCGGUAGAAGAAGCUAGCGAAGUUGUUGAAGAAACUCCUGAUACACAAAGCGAAAAAUCCUUAGAUAGUGUGUGCAAACGUAAAGAUAUUGUAUCCAUGACAACAUUUAAAUUGUCUAAAGUUGAAUUCAUUCAACAGUCUUGUGGGUAUACAUCUUCAAUCAAAGUUCAAGUGUCAAAUGUCGGUAAUGAUGAAUGUUCGUCUAUUCCAUGGGAUGAAUUUCAGGUCAAAAGGAAGACAAAAUUUAGUGCACGAUCUAGAGGUUGGGUUGAAUUGUCUUCAGAUUCGAACUGCAGAUCAUGUAUCAAACUUCGUUUGGAUCAUGAUUUAAAGUGCAAAUCAGAUGCUUACAAAUUGUCUCGAGCAAGCCAAACUCCAUAUAGCAAGAAUACACAUUCAUUUAAAAAUGAAAGUAACAGUACUAAAGAAGAAGUUGAUAUUGGAAUCAUUGAUAUACACAAUAGGCAAAGUGUUUUGGACUUAUUUGAAGACAAAUUAGAUGUUAAAGGUAACGAUAUAUCAAUGGCCUUGUCAAUGAGUUCAAUAACCGGACUUGCAGACUUAAUUGAAGAUGAAAUUAUACCUAAGCCAAUACCAAUGCAGGUAUACCUAGAAAGCAUAUCACUGCGUUUAAAUGAAGAUCGUCCUCCAAAUAAUAUAACUUCGCCUGGACCGGUUCCUAUAGAUUUAAAUAUUUCAAAGCUUAGAAUAGUACGUGAUACAAAUGGCGUCUUUCAUAUUGAACCAAUCGUACACACAUUGAAUACAAAUGAUUUUACCACAACAUUAUUAAACAAUGAUAAUCAAACAGAUGAAAAUAUAGAUCAUGAAAUCGAACUGAACAUUUUGAGAAAGUCCAGCAAACAAUUGAAAUCUGAUAAUGAGGAACUUCGUCGACGUCUUGAUACUUUGGAAAAAUUAUCAGAGGAAAAUUCAAAACUAAUGCACAUAAAGGAGGAAUUUGAUACAGUAAAGUCUCAUUUGAAUGCAGCGCAAGAAGAUAUACAAAUGCUUCUACGAGAGAAGAAAGCCUUGCAAGAAACAAUAACAGAGCUACAAAAUCAAAUAAUUGGAACUGGUGGUACCCGAACAUCUUGGUCAACUAAAAGAUAG